GACGAUGAUGGGGAGGCAUCGCUCGACUGCAGCGCCGCCGUGCUGGACGCUGCGGAGAGGUUCGGGCAGCUGAUGCGAUUGGUACCCGCCGUCCAGGCGAGACUGUCCGCGGGCGGGAUGGAUGGCGCGGACAUCGCGGCCACAUACAGGGCCAUGGGCCGGCUGAAGUUCUUCGAUGGCGACCUUCUGGACAGCCUCAACCGCGCGCUCUGCGGGCUGCUACGCGGGGGCAAGGGGUCCGACAAGGUGGCGUGCGACGCCGUGGAGUGCUUGACCGCACUGAACGCAUACGACAGGAGCGUGUUUGCCCUCGAUGUUUCUUGUAGACAUCUGCCCCGCUAA